AACAUGAUAUGCCGACCUGCUGGUCUCGAGAAUGAAGAUAGCCAGCAAGUUGAGUCUCCAGUCAAAGGAUUUGCAACGAUUGAUAAUUUGGCGCUUGUGAAUGUUGAAGGAACUGGAAUGGCAGGUGUUCCUGGUACUGCUAGCGCCAUUUUUGGUGCUGUGAAAGAUGUCAGAGCUAAUGUAAUCAUGAUAUCCCAGGCCAGUAGUGAACAUUCCGUGUGUUUUGCUGUACCUGAAGAUGAAGUAAAAGUUGUAGCUGCAGCUUUAGAGUCUAGAUUUCGUCAGGCGCUGGAUGCUGGUCGUCUUUCUCAGGCUAAUAUAAAUAUACGUGCUAUAGCUCAAGGCUGCUCUGAAUAUAAUGUCACUGUGGUUCUCAAGCGAGAAGAUUUCAUAAAAGCAUUAAGAGCAGUGCACUCGAGAUUUUAUCUAUCAAGGACUACUAUAGCAAUGGGCAUUAUCGGGCCUGGGUUGAUUGCAAUCCUCAAGGAAAACUUCAACAUUGAUCUCCGGGUGAUGGGUAUUACAGGAUCAAAGACUAUGCUCUUGAGUGAUACGGGCAUUGACUUGUCAGAAUGGAGGGAUCUCCAAAAGGUGAAAGGGGAAAAGGCGGACAUGCAGAAAUUUGUUCAACAUGUGCACAGGAAUCAUUUUAUUCCGAAUACGGCUAUAUAUUUGAAGUUGAGGACUCUUCAGAGACAAUCCUAUACGCAUUACUUUUAUGAAGCAACUGUUGGUGCCGGUUUGCCAAUCAUUACCACCUUGCAAGGCCUCCUUGAAACUGGGGAUAAAAUACUGCGAGUUGAAGGCAUUUUUAGUGGAACCUUGAGUUACAUAUUUAACAACUUUGUUGGUGCCCGGACUUUUAGUGAAGUGGUGAAGGAGGCAAAAGAGGCAGGUUACACUGAACCAGACCCCAGGGAUGAUUUAUCUGGAACUGAUGUGGCUAGGAAGGUGAUAAUUCUUGCCAGAGAAUCUGGGUUGAAGCUAGAAUUGUCAGAUAUCCCUGUGCAGAGCCUGGGUUGCACCUCGGCUGAGGAGUUCAUGCAGCAGCUUCCUCAAUACGAUGAAGACAUGGCUAAGCAAAGACAGGAGGCUGAAGUUGCUGGUGAAGUUUUGAGAUAUGUCGGAGUGGUCGAUGUCAUCAACAAACGAGGAACUGUCGAGCUACGCAAAUACAAGAAAGAGCACCCAUUUGCCCAGCUUUCAGGAUCUGACAACAUAAUAGCUUUCUCAACUCUGAGGUAUGAAAAGCAACCGCUGAUUGUUCGUGGUCCAGGUGCCGGGGCUGAGGUUACAGCUGGAGGAGUCUUUAGUGACAUAUUGCGGUUGGCAUCGUAUCUUGGUGCACCUUCAUAAGUUCAUUGGCUUAUGAUCCACAACUUGGAAGGCCUAGGAUUGGUUUGUGCUUGGCUCGUUCGUCUUUCUUCUCGGUCGAAGCUGGAAAUUGUUUUACUUUUACAUUUCUUGAUUCCAAUGGGAUUUUGCAGCUCUGAUGAUUUACUAGGUAGCUAUUGUUGUUUUGUUAAUGAAAGGUGCUAAGUUAUAUCUGCAGACUAAUGAUCGAUUGUUUUAAGAACUGUUGUUUAUCUGUUUAGUGGAGGUUGUAUGAAAUGAGUAUCCAGAGACAUAAGUGGCUUGUAUGUUGGCUAAUUUCCUCUGCAAAGGAAGAUAAAAGUGGACUGCUAGUUUUUUGUGCUCAACACAUGCUUUCAGCUUUUUGUAAACCUCUUUAAAGCCAAGGCUAAUGAUAGGGAAAAAUGAUAGCAG